CAGAAGCAGACAAGAUGAGUGAGAUGGCUGCUGCCUGUGAAUCACCUCCGAAGAGUGUCCUUAAGUUUGAUGAUGACUCUGAGUUUCCUCCAGUGUAAUAAGUGCAGCUGUGUCAAUGGGACUCUUGUAUCCCAAACCAUUUCCUCAAAUCAGGUUUUGUGGGCUGAGAAGGUCAUUUGUUUUUGAAUCACUGUAGCAAAAUUUUCUUGAAGUAUCAUCCCAGAUUUUUUGUGAUGAAUGUUGGAUGUGUAAUAAGUGCUUUAGCUCUUUAUAACAGUACAUGUAAAUUAGCUUAUUAUUUGAGGGCUACUUUUUCAUAUGUAGAAUGAAUUUGAGGGAAGUUGACUAAUUAUAGAAAAAGUCUGUACAGUUCCUGAUUGUAAUAGUUUUUGAAGUUUGAUAUUUGGUUAAAUGAUAUAUUUACAUGACACCUCUUAGUUGAAUGUUUCUCUCCUCAGUUUUGUGUAAAAAAAAAACAAAUUGUCUAUGUGAAUUGAUGUAUACAAGUGAAGUCAAAAGUCUUUCUGAUUGUAAAGACAAGAAGGAUCUAUCCUUUGCUCAAGUUAUGUGUUGCAUUUUUCUUUAAUUUCUAUGAUGGUAACAUACAGUGUACAGUAUGCUAUCUCAAUAUUCUCUAAAUUUUCUUGAAGCUAGAGUAAUAAUGACUUUGUGUUUUUCAUGUUACCAUUUAUAUUAUAAUAAUGCUUUAAAUUUUUUUAGUAGGUUUUUUAAAGAAAUAGGGAUGUAUCAUUUGAUACCACCAUAGUAGGUGACAUUUCAUAAUCACAAUUAAGUAAAUGCAGUUUCUAUGAAGGCAGCACCAAGAUGAUUUAUUGGCAUAGGCAGAUUAAACUAUUAGUCUUGUGCUCAGAUAUCAUACCUGUAGUAUGUUACAGUACUACCUGUAUUUUCAUUUUACUAAUACUGUAUGUAAAUGUUGCAGUCAAACUUGGGGGUUCUCCCUCCCACCUUGGGCUGGUACAGUACUGUAAUGGUCAUUGUUUAGUUAUUAGUCUCCUUGCAAAGACUGCCAGUACAGUAGUACAUGUAUCUAUAAAUCGUGGAUAGAUCAAAUAGAACACAAGGAAUAAAUUUUAUAUGUCUACUUAUUGCCAACAUUUUAAGGCUUUGUUUUCCUAUGUUAGCAUCUAUGUUGAUGGGUGAUUGUAUGAAAUACAGUGUACUCUUAACAUUUUUAGCAUUAAGUGUGGUGGUAUUUACAAUUAAAUACUUAUUACUUUCAUAAAAUUAUAACAUGUACUGUACUUGGGUUGGUAUAACAGAGUAUUAUACGCUAGUACAGUAUCUGUACAUUCUUCUGCUUUUGUUUUGUUUUGUUUUUGUCUAGUCUGAAGGAAAGUAACCUAUUAAUUGUUGAGAAUUAAAAUUACUUAUGUAUGGAUACUAACAUACUCCAGCAAUUCACAAGGUUUAUUGAAUGCUAAGGAUGAGGGGACCAGUACCUGUUUGGUCACCCGACAUAAUAUAUCAGGAAAAGCCUUGCAUGCACCAAAAAAAAUAUUACAGUAAAUCCUUUAAUGUAUGGCCCUUAACAAAUGAGAAAACUUUAGAAACCAGUAGUCCCAAGGACUCCCCUAAUGCAAAUUCAUUCUAAAAAAAACUGUACUGUCAACCCUUUGUAUCUGGCAUGUGACAGAACACUGUAGUUAAUGUGAUUGAUUACUCCAGGGGUAAACAAAAGCUGCAGUCUUUCUCCAGUAUUUGUGAGAUAAUUUUUUUCUUUGUUCCUUAAAGUGUUUGAUGUACAUUUCUAUGUACCUGUAUAAUGUAUUUUUUUUUUUUUUUGUUAUUUGAGUAAUACUGUAUUCUAAACUAACUGGUACUUUUUGAGAACCUGAUAUUAUGGCCUCUGUGUCAAAGAUUCAAGAUAUUAAAGAGUUUACUGUAUAUAA